GGAGUGGGUCCAAGCUUUGUUCAUGUAAGCAUUCCCAUAGCUCAGCCACGUACCGACCCCUCCCAGGGCAGCCCGCCUACCUAUAAAAGCCAGCGGUGAACAGUGAAGUGUUGGGGUUUGUGCAAACUUCCACCUGAGGGGACUACUACCGUCAGCCUGGGUCAAGGACCACCGCCGGCACAAGCAGCCAGCAGCCACAGCAAGAAGCAACACCACCCCAAGAAGAAAAAUGCCUCCCUUCGAGAAAUCUAUGGAGCUGAUGUCUUUCAAGCAAAGAAAAUGCCUUGCAACAAGACAACAUGAAGUGUGCAGUAUUCGUACCAAAUUCCCAAACAAGUUACCCGUGAUCGUAGAGCGUUACCUCCGUGAGAAAACCCUUCCCCUAUUGGACAAGACCAAAUUCCUGGUUCCAUUCGAGCUGACCUUGGGUCAGUUCCUCUGUCUACUCAGGAGUAAGAUUGACUUGGAGUCCACCCAGGCUCUGUACCUGUUGGUGUCAGAGAGGAGCAUGUCCUGCAUGUCGUCCAGUAUGGGAGACGUCUACUCCCAGUACAGCGACCCGGAUGGCUUUCUUUACAUCACCUAUGCCUCACAGGACAUGUUCGGAGGGGACGUGGACGCUACCCCUCCCUGCUGAGCCCACACAAUGGGCUCCUUCUCAAUUUUCUGAAAGAUCAGUCUUCUACUCGCUUCCUCUCUUUCACUGCACUGAUCUGGCAGAACUGGCCAGGUGAAAUCCAGUCCAAGUAAUGAUGAGCUUCCACCAUAUUGUUUUCACCGGUCAAGUCUUUGACGAUGAAGUGACAGUGAACGGGAGGAAACAGGGAUUUUCAAGCACUUGAGAUUGAGCUAUUCUCCCGCCCUUCUACCUCACAAAUGGACUGCGAAUCAGAGUACUGCACCUUCGUCCUUCUCUUGGUUCGUUUCUGACCCCUUCCAGCUCUACCAGAGCUGGACUGAGAUGAUUGAAUACAUCGA